CCCUCGUUCCUUCCUUGAUUCGUAAUCCUCCGUGAAGCUGCCUGCCUACUUUCGCCGUCCUUCGCCCUAUAAAUACUCCGCCGAGAAGCCUCGUCGGAAACGCUUUCGUCAGUUAGGGCUUCGUAAUUCCGUCGAUCGGUCGAUGGGCGAUCGGAGCAGCGGCGAAGGAUGGCCCGCCGACGCGUGGCGGCCGCCUCGCCCCCACCGGCGGUCGGCCGACGGGCACCCGGUCCCGCUCUGGGAGAGGCGGUUCUGUAGCGAGGCGUGUGGCAUCCCGUGGGAGCGGCUGUGCGCGAUCCAGCGGUGGAUGACCGGCGACACGCAGGAGCGCGUGAUGCGGUGGGACGACUCCGCCGCGGCGGAGGCCCUCCGUGACUCCAAGGCCAGGUACUGCGCCCGCUACCACGGGCGCCCCUGCGGCAUCCCCCUCCCUGACCCGGACAUGUACAUCGACGAGGUCGACCACGACGCCAUCGUCGAUCCGGAGCUGAUCGCCGACCUGGAGAAGCCGCCGCCGCAGUACAGCGAACCGGAUGACGCCGCCGCUCCAUUGACUACGGGCGAUAGGGUUCUUCUUGAAGACAUCCGGCCGACCGGGUGGGACGAGGUGCCCGAGCCUAAUCCCUUGAACUGCGGUAGAGUUGUCGACGCAUGGGAUCACUCGACCGGGUGGAACGAAGUGCCCGAGCCAAAUCGUUUGAACCGUGAUGGAUCUGCCGAUGCGUGGAAUCAAGGUGAUCCCUGGAGUAGUGGUGGCGGAAGGUCCGAUUUUGUUGCUGAAGACAACAGGAGAAAUGCUCAAUGGGGAACCUGGGAAAACAAGAACAGGAUUUCUGAUCAUGGUAGACGAAAUGGAAGAAAAAGGGAUGGAGGGGGUCGCUGGGGGCCAAGACACAUCAGACCCAAAUACCAAACCAGCCAUUACCAAUCGAACAAUGAGCCGUGGGGAAAUUGCAGAGGAGGUGGAAGGAAUUGGACAGGAAAGCAACGGUAUCAGGAGCACUAUCCAUGAAACAUAUGUUCUUGAUUAUAGGUGAUACAGUGCUGCUGUUUUUGUUUGAAACGGUAGAUACAUUGGCAGAGUUUUUUUUUUUCUUUCACUGUUGUAAUGUCUUGCUUUCUUAGUCUUGUUUGAGUCCAAUAAUAGGCUAAUACUCUCAUGGAACUUCCAAGUACAAUGGUAACUAAUGGUGCUUCAUUAAUAAUAUGUUUGCACAUCAAAGAACUAGCGAGCUGAGGUUAAGAAUCUUUGUUUAAAUUAUUUUUCAAAUGCACAUUCCUUUCCUCUAACCAUGAAAUGGUUUGAUCUGGAUUUAAUAUAUCACUGCUACUUAUUUCUUAGUCAAUGAUUUAGUGGAGGUGGAAGGAAAUGAACCGGGAAGCAACAAUAUCAAGAGCACUAUCCAUGAAACAUAUGUUCUUGCUUAUAGGUGAUAUAGUGCCAUUGUUUUUGUUUAAAAUAGUAGAUACGUUGGUAAGAGUGUCUUUUUUUUCUUUCAUUGUUGUAGUGUCUUGCUUUCUUAGUCUUGUUUAAGUCCAAUUAUAGGCUGAUACUCUUAUGGAACUUCCAAGUACAAUGGUAACUAAUGGUGCUUCAUUAAUAAUAUGUUUGCACAUCAGAGACUUAGUGAUCUGAGGUUUAGAAUCUUGUUUAAACUAUUUUUCAAAUGCACAUCCUUCCUCUAACUAUGAAAUGGUUUGAUCUGGUUAAUAUAUCACUCCUACUUAUUUCUUUGACAAUGAUUCAGAGGAGGUGGAAGGAAUUAGACAGGAAGAAACUGUGAGCACUAUCCAUGAAAUAUAUGUUCUUGCUUAAAGGUGAUACAGUGCUGCUGUUUUUGUUUAAAAUAGUAAAUAAGUUGAUAGAGUUUUUUUCACUGUUGGAUUUUCUUGCUUUCUUAGUCUUGUUUAAGUCCAAUUAUAGGCUAAUAUUUUUUUGGAAUUUCCUAGUACAAUGGCCAUUGGUGGUGCUGCAUUAGCAAUAUGUUUGUACAUCAGUGAACUAGUGAGCUGAGGUUUAGAAUCUUGUUUGAACUAUUUUUCAAAUGCACACCCCUUCCUCUAACCAUGAAAUGGCUUGAUCUGGAUUUAAUAUAUCACUCCUGCUUAUUUCUUAGACAAUGAUUCAGAGGAGGUGGAAGGAAUUGGACAGGAAGCAACGGUGAGCACUAUCCAUGAAACAUAUGUUCUUGCUUAUAGGUGAUACAGUGUUGCUGUUCUUGGAAACAGCCUCUUGCAAAAAAAAAAAAAAGCAAGAUAAGACUGCGUACAA